AUGUCAGCCGGCGACAAGAACGGGGGCAGCCGCUCCAGCAGCAGCCGCCUGCAGAGCAAGAAGCCCCCCAACCUCUCCAUCGUCAUCCCGCCCCGGGAGGCGGAGGAGGAUGGUGCCCCCAAGGAGCCCUCCAAGGUCCCCAUCUACCGGAAGAGCAAGAGCCUGCAGGAGCCCCGCCUGGAACGCCGGCACGGAUUCCGCCGGCAGACAUCCCUGUCCCAGAGCAUCCGCAAGGGCACAGCGGAAUGGUUUGGUGUCAGCAGCGACUGGGAGGGGAAGCGCCAGCAGUGGCAGCGCAAGAGCCUGCAGCACUGCAGCAUGAGGUAUGGCAAGCUGAAGCCUGCCUAUCGCGACAUGGAGCUGCCCAGCCAGGAGGUGCCCUCCUUCCAAGGCACCGAGUCGCCCAAGCCUGCCAAGAUGCCCAAGAUCGUGGACCCGCUGGCCAGGGGCCGUCCCUUCCGCCACCCCGACGAGACCGACCGUCCCCACACGCCCCACCAUGUCCUGCCCCCGCUCACCCCCGGCGUUGUCUCCUUGGCGUCCUUCAACAGCAUCCGCUCCGGCCACGGCCGCCUGCCCCGCAGGAAGAGGGAAUCCGUCGCCCACAUGAGCUUCAAGGCGGCUGCAGCCCUUCUCCGUGGACGCUCUGUCCUAGAGCCUCUGGCUCCCAAGAGGAGGAGCAACAAGAGGAGCUUUGUGUACCCCAGCUUCAUGGAUGAGGACAUGGUGGACGCUGCUGAUACCCUGGACUCGUCCUUCUUCAGUAAGAUGGACAUGCACGACGAGACAUACUCCAUGCCCGAUGAUGUCUUCGAGUCGCCACCUCUAUCAGCCACAUACUUACGCAUGCACCAUGUGGGGGAGGAUGCCAGGGUGUCCCCUGAGAUGGAGCAGCCCACCCCGCGGGAGGGUGCCCGGCUCGCCUCGGUGUCUGGCGGCGCGGGCGCGGCCCCCCGGCGGGGCAGGCGCAUCGCCUCCAAGGUGAAACACUUUGCCUUCGACCGCAAGAAACGCUACUACGGGCUGGGCGUGGUGGGCAAGUGGCUGAACAGGACGUACCGCCGCAGCCUGAGCAGCAUCGUGCAGUCACAGCUGGAGAUCACCGACAGCCACCGGCCGUAUUUCACGUACUGGAUCACCUUUGUGCACAUCCUCAUCACCUUGCUGGUCAUCGGCACCUACGGCAUCGCCCCCAUCGGCUUCGCCCAGCACGUGACAACAGAUUUAGUACUGAGGAACAAGGGGGUUUAUGAGAGUGUCAAGUAUAUCCAGCAGGAAAACUUCUGGAUUGGGCCCAGCUCGAUUGACCUGAUCCACCUAGGAGCCAAGUUCUCCCCCUGCAUCCGGAAGGAUCGGCAGGUGGAGCGGCUCAUCCAGCGCGAGCGGGACCGGGAGCGCGGCUCCGGCUGCUGCGUCCAGAACGACAACUCGGGCUGCAUCCAGACCCUGCCGCAGGACUGCUCGGAGACUCUGGCGACGUUCAUCAAGUGGCCAGGCAGCAACGCACCAGCCAUGGGCUCGGGGGACAAGAGGACAUCAGGGGCUGUGUGCCAUCAGGACCCCAGGACCUGUGAGGAACCAGCAUCCAACCCACCCCAUGUGUGGCCAGAUGACAUCACCAAGUGGCCGAUCUGCACCUAUGAGACCAAAACCAACCACACAGGCUUUGCCCACCUGGACUGUGAGAUCAAGGGCAGGCCCUGCUGCAUCGGCACCAAGGGCAGCUGCGAGAUCACGACGCGGGAGUACUGCGAGUUCAUGCACGGCUACUUCCACGAGGAGGCAACGCUCUGCUCGCAGGUGCACUGCCUGGAUGAGGUCUGUGGGCUCCUGCCCUUCCUCAACCCUGAGGUCCCUGACCAGUUCUACCGCCUGUGGCUGUCGCUGUUCCUGCACGCCGGCAUCCUCCACUGCCUGGUGUCGGUGACUUUCCAGAUGACAGUGCUGCGGGACCUGGAGAAGCUGGCAGGCUGGCAUCGCAUCUCCAUCAUUUUCAUCCUCAGUGGCAUCACUGGAAAUCUGGCCAGUGCCAUCUUCCUGCCCUACAGGGCAGAGGUGGGCCCUGCCGGGUCCCAGUUCGGCCUCCUGGCCUGUCUCUUCGUGGAGCUCUUCCAGAGCUGGCAAGUGCUGGAGAAACCCUGGAAAGCCUUCCUCAACCUCUCUGGCAUCGUCCUCUUCCUCUUCAUCUGCGGCCUCUUGCCCUGGAUCGACAACAUCGCCCACCUCUUCGGCUUCCUCAGCGGCCUCCUGCUCUCCUUCGCCUUCCUGCCCUACAUCACCUUCGGCACGAUGGACAAGUACCGCAAGAGGGCCAUGAUCAUCGUGUCCCUGCUGGUCUUCGUGGGGCUCUUCGCCUCGCUGGUGGUCUGGCUCUACGCCUACCCCGUGAACUGGCGCUGGGUGGAGUAUCUCACCUGCCUGCCCUUCACCAGCAAGUUCUGCGAGAAGUACGAGCUGGAGCAGGUCCUGCACUGA